GUGUGUGUGAGAGAGUGUGUGUGUGUGCGUGAGAGAGAGACAGAGAGAGAGAUAGAGAGUGUGUGUGUAAUAGAGAGAGAGAGAGAAGUGAGAGAGAGAGAGAGAGGUUCGUGCGCACGGGACACCACGAACUGAGAGAGUUCCGGGUUCCGUUAGCACGAGACCUGAUCGGAUCCGUGAUAGGAUGUCAUGAGGGAAAUUCGGUUCAGAAGUUAAUGCACGUUCAUGCAUUUCCAAUCGAGCAAGAGAGAGAAUCGGGAUUAGGACAAAAAGCAAUUGAACAGAUUGAAUUGCCUUUUUUUAUCUGUUAGGACUUGAUUUUCAGAGCUGAACUUUCCACACUGACCAAUGCAAAGUUUGCAGCGUCCUGAUCCCCUGUCACAUUACUCACAAUCUGCAUUUCACAGCACCAGAACCUGAAGAACAUCGAAAGAUACAGCAGAUGACUUUGCUUUCAUCUCCAUCAACAAUCCUCUAGCACACAUCAGCACCUUCAACACUGAAUCUGUCUCGUGCAACAUGAACACAUCACCCCAAGACAUCCAUCAAUGUACCAGAGCAGUGAAAAGCAGCCUUCAGUCUCCUCCUGAAUUCUUCCCUGAGCGUGAUAUGCUGUUGUGAGGAGGAUGCGCUUCCCUCUGAAGAAAAUACGCAAGCAGUUCAAGCUCCUCCUGCUCCUUGUGCUUCUCACGUUCGCCAUUGGCUUCACCUACCUGCAUGUCAUCCAGGGCAGGGCUAUCAAACUGCACUCCAGCUAUGGCAAAGAUAUGGAGAGGCAAACAGAAGGCUUGGGUUCUGGCCAGAAAAAGCUGCCUCACUCCUCCUCAAGUCACCCAGAAGACUCCAGUGACAGCACAGAUGAGACAAAGCCUGGUGAUGAGCUCGGUGAAUCUGAACAGGAAAGAUAUGGCAAGACAGAUAUCCAAAAACUUCUGAGCCAGAAGCUCCUCAAGUUGCCAUGGAAACCAGAGUAUAAAGGUCAGGCCAACCUGCAUGUGUUUGAGGACUGGUGUGGCUCUUCAGUUUCUCAGCUCAGGAAGAACCUGCACUUCCCAUUGUACCCACAUGCCAGAACCACAGUGAAGAAACUGGCUGUGGUUCCAAAGUGGAAGAAUUAUGGCCUCCGCAUCUUUGGCUUUAUUCAUCCGUAUAAAGACGGAGAUUUCCAGUUCUCCAUAUCAUCCGAUGAUAACUCUGAGCUGUGGCUGAGCUCGGACGAGAAUCCGCUCAAUGCCAAGCUCCUGGUGUAUGUGGGGAAGCAUGGAUCUGAGUGGACGGCUCCAGGUGAAUUCAGCAAGUUCAGGUCCCAGACUUCAAAGUCUGUGCACUUGAUGGCCUCUAGGCGGUACUACUUUGAAAUUUUACACAAGCAGGAUGACAAGGGCUCAGACCAUGUUGAAGUUGGGUGGAGACCCUUUCUGCCUGGCUUGAAGUACGAUGUCAUAGACUCAGCCUACAUCUCCUUGUAUACGGACGAGUCCAGUCUGAAGAUGAACAGUGUGAAACACAUCCCUCAGACCUUGGCCAGCUACACACACACUCUGCAGGAGGUCCACAGUUCACACACACAUGCUGCAGACAUGCUCAGACCAGACCCACGCGACACAUUCUACAAGAUUCCUAUGAUGGAUCAUUCCAGGUUGGAGAAGGUGCUGCCAUCUUGUGUUUACUCUCCAACUUAUGUAGUGAGAGAUUUCCCCAUCGCACGCUACCAGGGUCUGCAGUUUGUAUAUCUGUCCUACGUCUAUCCAAACGAUUUCACCAGACUCACACAUAUGGAAAGAGAGAACAAAUGCUUCUACAGGGAAUCUCCGGUGUACCUGGAAAAGUUUGGCUUUUAUAAAUACAUGAAGAUGGAUGAAGAGAAUGACGACAGGCCUCUUUUCUUUCCAAAUCCUGAUGAUUUUCUAGAAGAAGAAGAGAUUGUAGAUCUAGAGGAAGACUUGGUCAAUUCAAACCACAAUCCAGUUCGGAAGACAAGUAACACCAGUUUGUCUGAUCAGCUCUCCAGUUUUACAUUUAGCACAAUCUCUAAUAAGGACCAAACAGGCAGAGACUCAAAAGGUCAUGUUUCGACCCAAGAACGAGCAUACUCACAUUUCAAACCGAAACAAGCCAGAAGAAGGAUUAAAGGAGAGGACCAUGGGAGAGAUGAUGGCUACUAUAAACAUACUGUACAAGAAGAUAACCAGAGAAGAACAGAAAAAGACAGGAAACUGAAUCAGCAUAGAAGCAUUAUAGAGGCAAACUCUGAGGCUCUCACAGACCACAGAGAGAAUAUAGAAGAUGGAGACGAUGUUACAGUGCAAAUACAUAUACAGCGUUCUUUAAAGUGGGUUCGACUAAGCCCUGUGCAGCAGAGCAACAAGCUCGCUCCUCUAAGGCUUACCAAAACUUCCCUAAAGAAUUCCCAGCGAUCCCCGCUAUACAUGCUGGCGAGUCACAUUCUGAGCAAACCUGAGUCUCAAGAGAAAGAGGUUAAGUCAAGCAAAAUCUACAUCACUAAACCUCAUCCACCAAAAAGUACUCCGAAGCCACCGGUGGAGAUCUUCCCUGGGGUCUUUUUGUAUCAAACCGCAAGUGGCAAAAAGCUUGUGGACUUUAGUUCGAGGUGGAAAUUCAUGAAAAGCCAUGAUUCCUGGCCAACGUUAGACCAUAAAUCACCUACACAACAACUGAAGCACAGCUCCUUACUCUCAUCUACUGGACAACAAGUGAAAGAUUUUCCAUCAUCCUCCAUAACAUCAACCAUAACAGACCUUACUCCGUCAAGCACCGAUCUUACAGGGACGAACUCAUCUGAUAAAAGACAACCUGUGGAGAUCAGGAUCACCAAAGCUUCAGGGAUGGUGAAGGAGUCGCAGCAGACGGAGGGUGCUGAGCUUAAUGAUAACGCCACUUCUGAAUACAGCUACGAGGACGACGAGCCACGACCUGGCUGGACUGAGGAGGCCAUUAACUGGCAGAGAACAUUCAGCGUAAACCCGGUGGACUUUGAGCUGCUCAGGUCGGACUGGAACGACCUGAGGUGCAACGUGUCUGGAAAUCUGCAGCUGGCCGAGAGCGAGGCACUGGAGGUGAUCUCGCAGUACGUAGAACGGAUAAACAAGUGCAACGGAGGGAUUUACUCCCUCCUCUGUAUUGUGAAUGUUGAGAAGCGCAGAGAUCCAGCACGGGGAAGUCGUUAUUUAGUGGAGCUGGAGCUGAUGGAGGCAGGGGAAAGAGUGGUACGCCUGUCUGAGUACAUCUACUUCCUUCACCAGCGCAGCCGCCAUGAAGAAAUCAUAGAGAGCAGGGAAGUCACCACUCCUUCUGCCCCCGCUGUGCCCUCUAAAUCACCAACCAGCAGCAGCUCCAGUUCACAAUCUCGGCCCUCAACGUCUUGGAGAGGACACUGGCCAAAGCCGCUGCUCUGUCAGCCUAUCAUGCUACAGUGGAGGCAUGACGUCAUGGUGCACAUUGUGGUGCCAGUGAAGAACCAGGCACGCUGGGUUCAGCAAUUCAUCUCUGACAUGGAGCUCCUGCACCAAGAGACUAAAGAUGAGAACUUUAGCAUCAUCAUUGUGGACUUUGAGAGUGAAGACAUGGAUGUGGAGCAGGCCCUGAGGGAGAGCACAGUGCCCAGGUAUGAAUAUCUGCGACGUGAAGGAAACUUUGAGAGAUCUUCUGGACUACAGAUGGGGGUGGACACCAUAGCAGACAGCCACAGUAUCGUUUUCCUGUGUGAUCUUCAUAUUCACUUCCCCAUGAGCAUCCUGGAGAGCAUCAGGAAGCACUGUGUGGAGGGCAGACUCGCCUUCGCCCCCAUUGUCAUGAGGCUGGACUGUGGGAGCUCACCGCUGGAGCCAGACGGUUACUGGGAGGUCAAUGGCUUUGGCCUGUUUGGGAUUUAUAAAUCAGAUUUUGAUAAGAUUGGGGGCAUGAACACUGAAGAAUUUAAGGACCGUUGGGGAGGAGAGGACUGGGAGUUCUUGGACAGGGUUCUGCAAAAUGGCUUGGAGGUUGAGAGACUCAGACUUCGGAACUUUUACCACUACUACCACUCCAAGCGUGGCAUGUGGAACACUCCUAUAAAGAAACCGAGUCAAGGCUAGCCAGCUGGGACGCUGUGGUCACCUGAGGUUAAUCAGAUGGAGCAGGUUUGAACCCUUCGAGCUUUCCAGAAGCUGCCUGAAGAGUUCCAAAGCACAGCCUGUCGGCCUUAAAUGCAGUCAGUUAACACAGAUGUCAUAUGGUGGAAUUGAGAGUCGUGGCAUGGAAGAAUUUGGAUGAAAAGGUUAAAUAUCAUGCACUUUUGUAGUUUCUGAGAAUAACUAUAAAAAGUGCCAACCAUACAGUAGAAGCACACAGAAGAACUUACUCAAGAUCUGGACAUUAUGAACAUUAUUUGUAAUUUGGAGGAGUGAGAGUGCUCAGGUAAUAUGAUGUUAGUAUGAUGUUUUCAUUCAUAAGUUAAAGUAUUAAAAUUAUUUAAAAGAAAUGGUGCUUACUAACAGAGACUGUAUUUUAUCUUCAGAAAUGGUGUCAACAAAAUUGGUGUCCAGCCUAUCAUACUGGAUAUCUCUCUCUCUCUCUCUCUCUCUCUCUCUCUCUCUCUCUCUCUCUCUCUCUCUCUCUCUCUCUCUCUCUCUCUCUCUCUCUCUCUCUCUCUCUCUGUAUUUCUUUCUCUGUCACACCUCAAAAUUAGUAACUGGUUUUCCAUAGCACACAGAUAAUGUUUGUUCUGUAGAAAGGUGCCAAAAUGCUGCGUUGCUGCCCUGAAUUAGUUCAAAUUGUAUAAUUACUUUCCAUUUCAACUUAUGGAGGAUGUAUAAAAAGGCAAACAGUAACAACAUAGUGGUCACUGAUGCCAUGUUUAAAGGAUAAUUUCUGUGAAAUUGUAUGUAGAGUAUGUAAAGGAUGUCAAUUUAUUUCAUAUUCUUUUAUUUUCUUGUUUUCAAGAAUAAAUGGAGGAGUAACUCGAUUUUGUUUGUAGUGAUGCUACAUCUCUCCACAAGAAAGCAUCUCCAGCAUUGCAA